AUGAUUUUGCAUUUCCGGGAAGGCUGCAUUGUUUUCAAUGGAGCUCGUCCUCCCCUGUCAGCUUCAGCACACUGUUCCUGGAUUGCUGAUCACAGCCUUUCAGGACAGUAUGUAACAGAGAGGUGCACACCCCCGCCCCCUAGUGAAACACUCCCCUCACACAUUUAACCCUUUUAUUGCCUACCAAUGUUAACCCCUUCCUCCCCAGUGCCUUUAGUACAAUGUCAGGUUUUUUUUUUUUGCACUGAUCACUGUAUUGGUGUCACUGGGGAUGUCAGUGACCCCAAGUCCCCCCAGUAUCAGAAUGUCCGCCGCAGUCCUGCCAUAA